AUGGCCGCCCGAGUCGACGAACCGUCCCCUCUAGCUCGAGCUUUCGACGGCGUCGACUUCUCCUCCCUCGGCGCCGUCUGGUCCUCCCUCUACAAGCAGGGCGUCCACCCUUGGGACCGCAACGGCCCCUCGGCCGCCCUGUCGGACCUCCUCUCCCAGCGAGCCGACCUCGUGCCGCCCGCGCAGCAGCAUGACCAGCGCGGCAACCUGAUUCGGGAUCCUGCCGGCGCCGCGAUUCGCCGCACGGCCCUCGUGCCCGGCUGCGGGCCCGGCCACGACGUCCUCCUCCUCAGCUCCUUUGGCUACGACGUCGUCGGGCUCGACUUUAGCCGCGACGCCAUCCGCAUGGCCGAGGAGAACCACAAAGCCGCCGACGGCAAGGCCAUGUACGAGCCUGUGAAUGGGCUGGAAAGGGGCGCCAUCCGCUGGACGACGGGCGACUUUUUCUCGGGCGAGUGGGCGACGGGGCUGGGGACCAAUGCCUCGGGCAAGUUUGACUUGAUAUUCGAUUACACGUUCCUAUGUGCUCUCCCCCCCGAGGCGCGCCCCCGGUGGGCCAAGCGCAUGUCGCAGCUCCUCGCGCCCGACGGCCACCUCAUCUGCCUCGAGUACCCGUCUGGCAAGCCGCUUUCCCAGCGCGGUCCGCCGUGGGGCCUCACCCCCGAGGUGUACGAGGCUCUGCUCAGCGCGCCCGGCGAGGACGUUGCGUACGACGCCGCAGGCAACGUGGUCGAGACCAUGGCCGCCCAGCCGGACCCCCGCGCGCUGCACAGACUGAGCAUCAUCAAGCCGGCGAGGACGCACAAGGCGGGGACGGACGAGGACGGCGCGGUGCGCGACUUUAUUUCUGUCUGGACGUCAUGA